GGCGGAAGUGGUGAGAUUUGCGUCACGCUGGCUCCGCCUCCUAGCCGGCUGUGGGUUGUUCGCAGUCAGGAGACUGGAAGAGGUUGUUCGGCCGCUGGCAGCGGGACAUGGAGGAGCGAAUAGGAGCCCAGCCUGAGAGCAGUUUUGGGGACUAAGCCAAACAGCAGCCUACUGCCCCACCUCAUCCGCAUUCACUCCCCAGGGAAGCCAUGGCCGCCUUGCUCGUACGAGGCUGUGCGCUGAGACCCUCCUGGGCAACGAGAUCGGCUCCUAUCUGUGCCCGGGGAGAAGGCAUGAAGGGUAAUUUUGCUGAGUCUGUCUGCUUAGGAUGCACCUCACUUCGUUUAUUAAAUUACAGAAAUGCUUGUUUUAGAAGUUGCACUGCUGCCCGUCCAGUUUAUGUUGCCUCAAGGAAAGGGGACAAUGAAUUUCUAUGGACUGACAUAUCGGAAAGAAGGUACUAUAAGUACCUCAGUUCUCCAGCUUCAUGGACAGCACUCAAAAUGGGACCAUGGGACCUAUCAGUCCGAAAUUUGCACUUGUCACGACCACUUUUUGACGACUCUGUGGUAGAAAAAUCACUGAAGUCAUUAAAGGACAAAAAUAAAAAGUUGGAAGAAGGAGGGCCCGUGUACAGCCCCGUCAGCGAAGUGGAAACUGUAAAGAAAUCUCUGGGACAAAAGGUCAUCGAUGAAAUAAAACACUAUUAUCAUGGCUUCCGCCUCUUGUGGAUAGAUACUAAAAUAGCAGCAAGAAUGCUGCGGCAGAUUCUCAAUGGGCACGCAAUGUCACGGCGAGAAAGGCGCCAGUUCCUGAGAAUAUGUGCCGACCUCUUUCGACUCGUACCUUUCCUCGUCUUCGUUAUCGUUCCCUUCAUGGAGUUCCUUCUUCCAGUGGCAUUGAAAUUGUUCCCGAAUAUGCUGCCUUCCACCUUUGAAACUUUCUCAAAAAAGGAGGAGAGGCUGAAAAAGGAGCUCAGAGUGAAGCUGGAACUGGCCAAAUUCUUGCAGGACACAAUAGAGGAAAUUGCACUGAGGAAUAAAGCGGCCAAAGGGGAUGUCACUGCAGAGUUUGCAACCUUUUUCCAAAAGAUUCGUAGCACCGGAGAAAGGCCCAGCAAUGAGGAGAUUGUCCGCUUCUCUAAGCUCUUCGAGGAUGAACUGACACUGGAUAAUCUGACCCGGCCACAACUGGUGGCUCUGUGCAAACUCCUGGAACUCCAGUCGAUUGGAACCAACAACUUCCUGCGCUUUCAGCUCACUAUGAAAUUGAGGUCCAUUAAAGCAGAUGACAAAUUAAUAGCUGAUGAAGGUCUGGAUUCCCUGACUGUAACAGAACUGCAAGCAGCUUGUCGUGCCAGAGGAAUGAGGGCACUUGGGGUCACAGAAGAUAGACUCAAGGAACAACUUAAGCAGUGGCUGGAGCUGCACCUGGAUCAGGAAAUUCCCACAUCGUUACUCCUUUUGUCCCGAGCUUUGUAUCUCCCCGACACACUCUCGCCAGCCGAUCAGCUCAAAACUACCCUACAGACUUUGCCUGAAAGUGUGGCUAAGGAAGCGCAAGUUAAAGUGGCAGCAGUAGAGUGUGAAAAGGUGGAUAACAAAACCAAACUUGAAGCCACUCUCCAGGAGGAAGAAGCCAUACGCAAAGAAAACCAGGAGAAAGAGAUGGAGAGAUUAGCUGACGCUGCCAAAGAAAGCCAGCAGGUUGCAGCAAAGGUGGAUGUACAGUCGGCUCCUGAGGAGGCAAUAUCAGGGGAAAUGAAAACUGCCACGGCUGAUACGGCUGCUGAACCAGCUGUAGCCCAAAUGAGCGCCUCCGAGCAAGCCGAGAUUUUAAAAGAUACGGCGCCAGUACUGGAGGGCAUUAAGGGAGAAGAGAUAACCAAGGAAGAAAUCGACAUAUUAAGUGACGCUUGCACGAAACUGAAAGAACAAAAGAAAUUGCUAACAAAGGAGAAAGAAGAACUUUCAGAGCUAAAGGACGAUGUGCAGGAAUACAGUGAGGACCUGCAAGAAAUCAAGAAAGAGCUCUCUAAAACGGGCCAAGAGAAAGUGCUGCAGGAGACAAAGGCGAGCAAGAUCCUAACGAAGAGAGUGAACAGGAUGAUCGGCCAGAUGGACAAAAUCAUCUCCGAACUGGAGAACGAAGAGAAAGUGUUGGAUGAGCACAUCGAAAAGGGAUCUGUUCCUCCUGUCGGAUUGUAUUUCGCCUUUAGGGAAAACCUCGUCAGCAUCAACGAGCUGAUCAGCAUCAUGAGGCACAUCCAGAAAAUCCCGGAGCAGAAGCUGCAGAGAAUCGCCGCAGCCCUGGAUGAAAAUAAAGAUGGCAAAAUCGACUUAGAUGAUGUGGCUAAGGUGGUGGAGCUGAUUGACAAGGAAGAUAUAGACAUCUCUACAAGCCAAGUCGCUGAGAUCAUGGAACUGCUCCAGAAGGAAGAGAAACUGGCUGAGAAGGAGAAGGCAAAGGAAAAGGUGGAGAAGGAGCAGGCAGCAGAAGCACAGAAUUAGCCAAGAAAGGAAAUAAUCAUAUCCUCUGCUCUCCCCUCAUCGUGUAAACUAUCCAUAGAGCUGCUACUGUGUCCCGACUUGCUUUUUUUUGGGGGGUGGUUUAAUUGCCAAGCAACAUAUAUAUUCAUUUUUUGGAGUGAAAUAAAAGCUUCAUUGAUCCAAAAGGGUUAAUUACAGUCAUUCCAUAGUAUCAGACCUGCACUUGGGACUUUCUACGGCAUUUUGAAAAAUGUUUGUGUUGUAUUCAAAUUCCUAAUAGGCAACAUCAUAAUUUAUAUAUCCAGUAUAUAUAUAAUCCUAUAUCACUGUCACUUGCCUAACACAGGUAUAGUUAUAGUUCAAGCGAGCGACCGAGUGCUAGUGUCUAGCCAGUGCUUGUCUAACUCAUUCCUGCAUUUUUAAAGAGAAAAUGUGCCCUGUUCAUAAGUAAGUCUUGUUUUUAAUUGUAACCCCUUUUAUAUAGUAAAAGAGAAGAGAUCUUCUGAGAACUUUUGCAUUUUAUGUUGUUUAUAUAUAUAUUUUUAAAUGUCAUGAUAUCAUCAGUUUUUACACUGCUAAUAUCAUAAAGGUGUAACCUGAGCGCCCCCAAGGGGGCUGAUGAUAAACUGGGGAUAUCGUGAAAUUUAAAAAAAAUAUAUAAAUGGCAAAAGUGCUCAGAAGAGCACUCUGCACAAUUUUACAUUUAUUAUAUAGAAUAGUUCCCCUUUAAAAGUGAUAAAGGUUCUUUCCAAACCAUGCAGGGCAGCGGGCAAUGGUUGCAGUGUGCCACUGGCCCGAUGGUCUUUAAACUUAAGUAUUUUUACUGCUGUUCUGCCGCCGCUUUGAUCUCUAAUGGCAUUUUGUGUUUGUUUCACUUGAACCUUAAUUUAAAUUCAUGCUGUUGCCUCACUGGCAGAGAAUGUAUUAUAAUGGUUUAUUGCUUUCCAGGGGAAUCGGCUCCAUGAAGAGCAUAGAAAAUAUCUAUUUAUGUGCCGGUCCUGCGGGUGCUUUAUGAAUUAUGCACUAGGAAUGUAUUUGUCAGUGUUUCCUAUUAUUUUUUUUAAUGCAUUUAAAGCGGCAGCACUCGUCCAUUGUAGCUUGGCUGACCAUUUCCUUGGCCAACUUAUUAUAUAUAUUUAUGAAACCCAUUGGCUAGUCAGAGUGGCCCUGGCACCCAAGGCUCGUAAGUGUUGACUGUCAGUAACAUGCUCCCGUAGUCUAUACCCUUGUACCAGUGCUAGUAUCCUUCCUAUUGCUCAGCAUGUAAUCUAAAUUAUCCAUAUCCCAAACAGGUAUAGAACAUACUUUAUUAGCCAGUUACCAUAAUAUUUGCCCCUUCAGUUGGGGCAAGAUCAAGCAAUUUACCAGGGCUUGCCAUUUAGAAAGUGAUUGUCCUCAACAGAUCCAAUUGUAUAAGUGCUGCACUAAAGUGAGCAUUAGCACAGAUGUGAGCUGGGAAUAAAGUUUCCCUUUAAAGGCAACAUAAACUUGUCUCAAAUAUAUCACUGCCCUUUGCCAGACCCGUGUUACUAGGGCUCAGGCCGGGACUGGCAAUCUGUGGGUUCAGGCAAAUGCCAGAGGGGCUGCUGUAAGAUGCCACAGACACUCACUAUUUAUUGGGCUGGGGGGGGCUGUUUGGGCCUCUGUGUAGUUGAAUCCUGGAACUAACCAAUGGUCUGUGCUGCUGCUGCUUUAUGCAUAUUGUCUGUCGCUUCGUGUUAAUUCGACAAAUAAUACUUUGGAACAAUGCACUAUAGGCCGUGUAUGAGUGUAGCCAUAUAGUAGUGUUACGGUACCGCCGAUGAAAAUGCUUCUGCACUAUAUCUGUUAAGCCACUUUGAUUGGUCAGUUGGACUUGAAUCCCUCCCACCCCUUCAGCAGCCUUAUAGGGGCAACUGUGUAUUUUGUGGGUGUUUUGUUGCUUUUACCUUUUCAUUUGUUUUCUUUUUGGAUUGACUGCAGUGGUUUCAAACCCGUCCAGUGGAACCUGAAAUUAG